GAUGACUGAGAUGCUCCUCUCCAAGGACCUCGAAUUUCAAAAACGGUCAAAGCCCGAACAAGCUACAAUUCUCAGCAUUGCUUCGUCACUAAUUUCUCUCCUUACUGCUCUCGCAGAAGCUCAAGACGAUAUCCUUGAGGCCAUCUCCCGCAACACCACCAUCACUCGCUUCCUCUUGCUACUCACUUCAGAUGAGCUCGCCAGCAGCCCCGAUAUUGUCUCACUAAGAAGUGAUGCUCUGGCUUGUCUCAUGAUCCUCUGUGAAGAUAACGAAGAGCUAUCUGACAAGGUCGUCAACUCCAAGGAGUACCGCACUUAUGGGACUUUGCUGUCCCUGCGCAAGACCGCCAACAGCGAUGGCGUCCUUGCAUGUGGUGUCCUCCACAACCUCUUUUCCUCUCUCGACGGUCAGGACAUCGCUCUUGGAGCCGACAACUCACUUCUCAUCCCCACCCUUUCACAGGCUCUCAAGACAUUUGAGCCAGGCCAAAUGACCGAUGCUGUGGGCUGGGCCAACCCCGUCGAGUAUCAGCAGCUCGCCCUUGAGAUUUUAGCUUCUAUUGGAACAACAUUGAACACAUCAGCUGAAGCCGAACCCCAGAAGGAGGAGAAGCCCGAGGUCAAGGAUGAUGAAGAGAUGGGUGAUGCAGACGAAGAGAUCUCUGACGGCGAGGAGGAGGGAGGCGAGGAAGAUGAUGACGAGAUGGACGACGAUGAGCUGGAAGCCGACAUGGAGAUGGUUACCGGUGCGGACAGAAACGAGGAAGACAGCAACAUCGAUGAUCUUCCCAUCCUCAAGACUCUCAUUGACAACGCCCUUCCUGAGCUCAUCCGCAUAGCAUCCCUCUCCCCCACCGAUGACGUUUCCCUUCGCCUGCAAGGCCACGCCCUCUCCGCUCUCAACAACAUUGCCUGGUCCGUCUCCCUCAUCGACUUCUCUGACCUUCACAACGCACCUAUUCAAAAUGCCUGGGACCCCGUCGGCCGCGCUCUCUGGACCCAAGUCAUCGCUCCUAUUCUCGCAACUGAUACUGCUGACAUCGAUCUCGCGACUCAUGUCACCAGUCUUGCCUGGGGUGUUGCCCGCUCUCUGCGAGGCAGACCCAACACACCUUUCGCUGAUGAGCACCGCCGCUUCAUCGCUCUCUACCAGGCCACAAAGGGUUCACCUGCUGCCCAGAACUUAGAGGAUCCCUUCCAGUCCCUCAGCGUCAAGUGUAUCGGUGUUCUCGGCCAGCUGGCCCUCGACCCCGCACCUAUUGACCGAAACCACGAUAUCGGUACUUUCCUGAUUACUCUCCUUGCUGGUCUUCCCGAGACCCCAACUGCCGAUGCUGUUGAGGCUCUUAACCAGGUCUUUGACAUCUAUGCUGAUGAAAGUUACUCAUACGACAAGGAGGUUUUCUGGAACAACAACUUCCUGAAGCACCUUGACGAGACAGUUCCCAAGGUGCGAACUAUGAUCAAGAGCAUUGAUAAGCGUGCCAACAGCGAGCUUCGUCUGCGCGCCGAUGAGGCCGUGUUGAACUUGAAUCGUUUCUUGACAUACAAACGAAAGAACAAGCCCCAGGCAUAAUUGGUUAAAUAAAAGCACUUGAUUUUUCUGGACGUCUAUAGAAAUUUGAUCCGUUUCUGAUUCACCUC